UGCAACCUGCUGGAACGACAAGCUGGUCCUGGGUAAUACCUUGCGGCUUAGGUAGGACGCCAUCAGCCUGUUCUCUGCUCUGUCUGAUCUAGGCGCGUGUUGCUGGCGGAAUUAGAUUUUCGGUCGACUCGGCAUUGGUUCGGCAUUUCAAGCUCCCUCAUCCGCGACCUGCGAGCUCUAUACUAGCAUGUGUGCUGCGCCCUAGAACGAACGACACACCUCCCUCCAUUGUCCACCUAUAGUGCCGAGAAGAAGUGAAAAUUGUCUUCAACGACAUUCGUCGCCUCUUGCCGGUAUUGAGGAGAGAACCUGAGCCUGCGAUGCCACGGCCGACUUCCAGGCUGUGGCAUCCAAUGCUGCGACCGAGAAGUGCCAUGCGCCUGCACCCGUGUCUAUUCCCUCCGGGGACAGUAUUGCGACCGAUACAUAGCCGUGUGCGACGGCGCACCAUGUGCACCGCAUACAGAUGCACAAUGACUGGCCAGCCGGCGCCUUACAGCCCUCUGGCCAUAGCGAUCCGUCCAACGCUUCCAGGCUCGAUUGUUAGAGGGCAGAGAGGGAGAAAGGCGUCAUCGAUCGCAGCGGCCGCGACCGAGAAUACCAACACCGAGGAUAUUGGUCCCAUACAAGAGUACGAUAGGCGGGUCAUGAAUGGUGUGCUCCGAAACGAUGAGCAUCAGAGAGGCAUCAUUCAAAGCCUCCAGCAUCUGCACGAAGAGCUCAAGCAUUACUCUGCACCGCCCGUCGUCCAUCCGACGCUAGAAGCUGUCAAACCGGCCAAGUCGCUCUUUUCAUGGUUUGGCAGUAGCAGCAAAACGCCUAUCCGGAAGAUCCCAAGCAACCUCCCACGUGGGCUCUACCUGUACGGGGAUGUCGGCAGUGGCAAGACAAUGCUCAUGGAUCUGUUCUACGACACGCUUCCCCAAUCGGUGCGGUCCAAGACAAGGAUACACUUUCACAAUUUCAUGCAGGAUGUACACCGGCGGCUGCACAAAAAGAAGCUGCAAUAUGGAAGCGAUGUCGACUGCGUGCCGUUUGUGGCGGCCGAGAUCGCAGAGCAGGGGAAUGUCUUAUGUUUUGAUGAGUUCCAGUGUACCGAUGUCGCUGACGCCAUGAUUCUGCGGCGACUGCUUGAAUCACUAAUGUCUCAUGGUGUGGUGCUGGUGACAACCUCCAACAGGCACCCAGACGAGUUGUACAAAAACGGAAUACAACGCGAGUCGUUUAUCCCGGCCAUCCAGUUGCUCAAAAGCCGCCUGCACGUCAUCAAUCUCGACUCGACAACCGACUACCGCAAGAUUCCGCGUCCGCCGUCAGGCGUCUACCACACUCCCCUCGAUGCCCAUGCGGCCUCGCAUGCCGAAAAGUGGUUCCGCUUUCUGGGCGACCCGGACAGCCCCGAGCCGCAUCCGGAGACGCAGAGGGUGUGGGGCCGCGAGAUUAUUGUGCCGCGUGUCAGCGGCCGCUGCGCGUGGUUUACUUUUGACGAGCUCAUUGGCAAGCCGACGAGCGCAGCGGACUACCUGGAACUCAUGCGAUCGUACGACGCCUUCAUUGUGACCGAAGUCCCCGGCAUGACGUACCGCCAGCGGGAUCUGGCGCGGCGCUUCAUCACCUUCAUUGACGCCGUGUAUGAGUCGCACGCUAAGUUGGUGUUGACAACUGCGGUGCCGUUGCAGGAGUUGUUCAUUUCCAAGGCCGAGAUCCGCGAGUCGCUCAUGAAGGACGGGAAAAGCGGGGAGUUGGCGGAUGACAAUGCCGUGGAGGAUGUCAUGAGCCACAUGAUGGAGAAUCUCGACCAUAACGUGGAGCAACUGUCCAAGUCGAACCUUUUCACAGGUGAUGAGGAAGCCUUUGCGUUUGCGCGCGCUCUCUCGCGUCUGAGCGAGAUGGGCAGUAAGCAGUGGGUUGAACGUGGCAUGGGUCUUGAGAGCCAGGGUGGCAAGCAGGAGAGGGACAGCUGGUCCAAGACCAGGAGCAAGCAGAUGGAGGACAGCAUGUAAAGAGGAGCUCAUGAUACCCACCAUGUCCGGUUUCCCUAGCGUGUCAUGCAUCAGCACGAGCGAGGCGCAACACAUAUUUUGGGUAGGCAUUGUCAGCUUUGAGCUUGGGAACAGCUGGAUGCCAGCUUUUGAAGAACUCCUUGCCGUUUUCUUCUGAUGUUCCCU